AUGUGGAAGUUUUUUGAAGUUACCUACUCAAUUUUAUACAGAAGAUUAAUAAUUUAUUGGCGCCAUAUAAUUUACUUAAUUACUUCGACCAUCGCUCUUGUCUUUUUCUCAAAUUUGAUUGAUCUUAUCUUAGCUUUGACGAGCCACAAUAAUUCAGUUACCGGAUAUUCACAGUUUCAACUAUUGAACACAAAAUCCAUCAACUUCGGCGUUAUUUUUACAAAAGAUCCCGAAAUUCAAAAUUAUACAAAAGAGAUUUUAGAAAAUGUCAAAAAUAUUAUUAAAUACGAUACAGGGAUAACACCAAAUUCAGUAAAUUUAAGCGAUGAUGAGUCUUUUUUAAACUAUAAUGAUAAAAAUCCCGAACAUCCUCUUUUCUUUGCGUUCAAUUUCUCUAAAAAUGGAGCCGGAUAUCCGAAAGCUUAUAUGCAUGAAGAUUCAGUUUACCAAGAAAAAUUUUAUCCAAAAUCUUCAGCUUCAUUGAUAUUACAGAAGGCUAUCUACAUGUACGAGACAAACAGUACUUAUUGGGACACCCAUAUUUUCUAUCAUAAAGUCAGUGCUGAAGAUUCCGAUUAUAAUCAAAAUAAAUUGGUUAUUUUAAUUGUCUGCUUAAUCAUUAUUGGCAUCUUCCCAUUAUUCUACACAAUGGACGACCUUUAUACGAUGAGAAGAACUUAUCUAGAGUUAUAUCAAUUAAAUUUACUGGCUUAUUGGACCGGAACAUACAUUGCUGACCUUAUUGCAACUACUCCAUGUGUAAUAAUUGCAUGGGCGAUGUUUAUGUUCAUGAAAUUCGAACUUUUUUGUGAUCAUCCUUAUUUAUCAUUAUUAUCUAUAAUAAUAGCCAAUUCAUUAUACGUAGAAGUAUCAUAUUUCUUUGCCUACAUGGUUUCUUCCAAGUUUGUGGCCUUUGUUGGCUAUGCUGUAGCUGGAGUAUCAAUUUCUGUAGUUUAUAGUAUGCUUUUGAUGAACGAACAAGGUGUAUUGUUUAAGGACUACUUCGAUAUACCAUGUUUAUACCCUUUUUCAGCUCCUUCUGCCAUAUUAACUCAUUUAUAUUAUUUCGGAUACACAAGGAAGGAACAAUACAUGUAUACAUUUGUUUGCUUUGUGCUAUGGUUUGUUCUUUUGGCACCUAUGGAGCUCAUGAACAAGAGAAUUAAGAGAAUGAGUAUUAAAUUGUCACAAAGUAUCAGUGAAAACAUGAUACAAGUUAAGGAGAGUCAAAAGAUAUCAGAAGAAGCAAUCGCCAUGGAAGAAGAAGUGAGAAAUUCACAUCCAGGUGAUUACAAGAUCAGAUUAGUUGAUGUUUGUAAAGUUUACAAAGAUACAAAACGCAAAAACAUCAAUGCAGUUAACAAUGUAUCACUUGGCAUCAAGGAUGGUUGUUUGUUUGGUUUGUUGGGUUCAAAUGGUGCAGGAAAAACAACAUUGAUGAAUAUCCUUCUGAACCAAAUACCUUUGAUGAGUGGAUCGAUUGAUAUCUCCAGUGAUGAAAUGAUUGGAUAUUGUCCACAGUUCGUCACACAUUUGGCAGAAGAAUUGACAAUUAUUCAAACAAUGAAAUUCUUCUGUCAUUUCUUUUGUAUUCGAAACAGUGAACGCGAACGUGUCAUUGAUCUUUUAUUGAACAGUUUGGACAUGACAAGACACAAGAACCGUGUUGUUAGUGAGUUAUCAGCAGGUUUGAAACAGAAAUUAUCAGUUGCAAUCGCGUUCAUGUUAGAAUCAAAAAUCAUUGUUUUGGAUGAACCUACAUCAGUUCUCGAUCCAAUCAGUCGUCGAAAAGUUCAUCAUCUUAUCAACAUGUACAAAGGAUCGAAAACAUUUAUCUUGUGCACACAUAUCAUUGAAGAAGCAGAGAGUCUUUGUGAUGAGAUCACAAUCAUGAUUGAUGGCUGUAUCCACACUAUUGGAUCACCAACAUAUUUGUCUAACAAAUUCGGUAAAGAGUGGAAGUUUGAUUUGAUCUUGACAAAUGGAGAUUCAACAACAAUCAAUAUUGUUGAAGAAUACAUCAAUAAUAACAUCAAAACAGCUAAACAACUCAUUAAACAUCACAGCUCUAUCAUUUACACAGUUCCUUCGAAUGAUAUCAGUAUUGCAGAUUUAUUCACAAAGUUGAAUGUUUUGAAGAACGAAGAACACGUUUUGAAGUAUUACACAUGCACAUCUUCAACUAUUGAGAAUGUUUUCACUAAACUUAUUGAUGAAGCACACUCAAAUAAUUCUAACAAUGAAACACGCGAAUCUGACGAAAUGGCUUCAUUAAACAUCUAA